AUGAACUGGAAGAGCAGAUGCAGUUCUUCGAAGGAGAAGGAAGCAACUGGAAGUCUGACCUGGACCCUGGACCUGAGGACCUGUCCCAGUCUGACUCUAGACCUGAGGACCAGUCCCAGUCUGACUCUAGACCUGAGGACCUGUCCCAGUCUGACUCUAGACCUGAGGACCAGUCCCAGUCUAACUCUAGACCUGAGGACCAGUCCCAGUCUGACUCUAGACCUGAGGACCAGUCCCAGUCUGACUCUAGACCUGAGGACCAGUCCCAGUCUGACUCUACACCUGAGGACCAGUCCCAGUCUGACUCUGGACCCUGGACCUGAGGACCAGUCCCAGUCUGACCUGGACCCUGGACCUGAGGACCAGUCCCACUCUGACUCUAGACCUGAGGACCUGUCCCAGUCUGACUCUAGACCUGAGGACCAGUCCCACUCUGACUCUAGACCUGAGGACCUGUCCCAGUCUGACUCUAGACCUGAGGACCAGUCCCGAUCUGACUCUAGACCUGAGGACCAGUCCCAGUCCGACGCUAGACCUGAGGACCAGUCCCAGUCUGACUCUAGACAUGAGGACCAGUCCCAGUCUGACUCUAGACCUGAGGACCUGUCCCAGUCUGACUCUAGACCUGAGGACCAGUCCCAGUCUAACUCUAGACCUGAGGACCAGUCCCAUCCCAGUCUGACCUGGACCCUGGACCUGAGGACCAGUCCCACUCUGACUCUAGACCUGAGGACCUGUCCCAGUCUGACUCUAGACCUGAGGACCAGUCCCACUCUGACUCUAGACCUGAGGACCUGUCCCAGUCUGACUCUAGACCUUAGGACCAGUCCCGAUCUGACUCUAGACCUGAGGACCAGUCCCAGUCCGACGCUAGACCUGAGGACCAGUCCCAGUCUGACUCUAGACAUGAGGACCAGUCCCAGUCUGACUCUAGACCUGAGUACCAGUCCCAGUCUGACUCUAGACCUGAGGACCAGUCCCAGUCUGACUCUAGACCUGAGGACCAGUCCCAGUCUGACUCUAGACCUGAGGACCAGUCCCAGUCUGACUCUAGACCUGAGGACCAGUCCCAUUUAUUGGUUUGGCGCACAGGCCUGGCUCUGUGAGGAUCGACCUCAGACCGCGACCUCAGACCGCGACCUCAGACCGCGACCUCAGACCGCGACCUCAGACCGCGACCUCAGACCGCGACCUCAGACCGCGACCUCAGACCCCGACCUCAGACCGCGACCUCAGACCCCGACCUCAGACCCCGACCUCAGACCGCGACCUCAGACCGCGACCUCAGACCCCGACCUCAGACCCCGACCUCAGACCCCGACCUCAGACCCCGACCUCAGACCCCGACCUCAGACCGCGACCUCAGACCGCGACCUCAGACCGCGACCUCAGACCGCGACCUCAGACCGCGACCUCAGACCGCGACCUCAGACCGCGACCUCAGACCGCGACCUCAGACCGCGACCUCAGACCGCGACCUCAGACCGCGACCUCAGACCGCGACCUCAGACCGCGACCUCAGACCGCGACCUCAGACAGCGACCUCAGACCGCGACCUCAGACCGCGACCUCAGACCACAACCUCAGGCCGCAACCUCAGACCGCGACCUCAGACCACGACCUCCGACCCCGACCUCAGACCGCGACCUCAGACCGCGACCUCAGACCGUGACCUCAGACCGCGACCUCAGACCGCGACCUCAGCCGCGACCUCAAACCGCGACCUCAGACCGCGACCUCAGACCACCGCGACCUCAGACCGCGACCUCAGACCGUGACCUCAGACCGCGACCUCACCGCGACCUCAGCCGCGACCUCAGACCGCGACUCAAACCGCAACCUCAGACCCCAACCUCAGACCGCAACCUCAGACCCCGACCUCAGACCGCAACCUCAGACCGCGACCUCCGACCCCGACCUCAGACCGUGACCUCAGACCCCGACCUCAGACCCCGACCUCAGACCGCGACCUCAGACCGCGACCUCAGACCCCGACCUCAGACCGCGACCUCAGACCGCGACCUCAGACCGCGACCUCAGACCGCGACCUCAGACCGCGACCUCAGACCGCGACCUCAGACCGCAACCUCAGACCCCGACCUCAGACCGCGACCUCAGACCCCGACCUCAGGCCGCGACCUCAGACCCCGACCUCAGACCGCGACCUCAGACCCCGACCUCAGACCCCGACCUCAGACCGCGACCUCAGACCCCGACCUCAGACCCCGACCUCAGACCGCAACCUCAGACCGCGACCUCAGACCCCGACCUCAGACCCCGACCUCAGACCCCGACCUCAGACCCCGACCUCAGACCGCGACCUCAGACCGCGACCUCAGACCGCAACCUCAGACCCCGACCUCAGACCCCGACCUCAGACCGCGACCUCAGACCGCGACCUCAGACCCAGACCUCAGACCCCGACCUCAGACCGCGACCUCAGACCGCGACCUCAGACCGCGACCUCAGACCGCGACCUCAGACAGCGACCUCAGACCGCGACCUCAGACAGCGACCUCAGACCGCGACCUCAGACCGCGACCUCAGACCACAACCUCAGGCCGCAACCUCAGACCGCGACCUCAGACCACGACCUCCGACCCCGACCUCAGACCGCGACCUCAGACCGCGACCUCAGACCGUGACCUCAGACCGCGACCUCAGGCCGCGACCUCAGGCCGCGACCUCAAACCGCGACCUCAGACCGCGACCUCAGACCGUGACCUCAGGCCGCGACCUCAGACCGCGACCUCCGACCCCGACCUCAGACCGCGACCUCAGACCGCGACCUCAGACCGUGACCUCAGACCGCGACCUCAGGCCGCGACCUCAGGCCGCGACCUCAGACCGCGACCUCAAACCGCAACUUCAGACCCCAACCUCAGACCGCAACCUCAGACCCCGACCUCAGACCGCAACCUCAGACCGCGACCUCCGACCCCGACCUCAGACCGUGACCUCAGACCCCGACCUCAGACCCCGACCUCAGACCCCGACCUCAGACCGCGACCUCAGACCGCGACCUCAGACCCCGACCUCAGACCGCGACCUCAGACCGCGACCUCAGACCGCGACCUCAGACCGCGACCUCAGACCGCGACCUCAGACCGCAACCUCAGACCGCGACCUCAGACCGCAACCUCAGACCGCUACCUCAGACCCCAACCUCAGACCGCGACCUCAGACCCCAACCUCAGACCGCGACCUCAGACCGCGACCUCAGACCGCGACCUCAGACCACGACCUCCGACCCCGACCUCAGACCGCGACCUCAGACCGCGACCUCAGACCGUGACCUCAGACCGCGACCUCAGACCGCGACCUCAAACCGCGACCUCAGACCGCGACCUCAGACCACCGCGACCUCAGACCGUGACCUCAGACCGCGACCUCAGGCCGCGACCUCAGGCCGCGACCUCAGACCGCGACCUCAAACCGCAACCUCAGACCCCAACCUCAGACCGCAACCUCAGACCCCGACCUCAGACCGCAACCUCAGACCGCGACCUCCGACCCCGACCUCAGACCGUGACCUCAGACCCCGACCUCAGACCCCGACCUCAGACCGCGACCUCAGACCGCGACCUCAGACCCCGACCUCAGACCGCGACCUCAGACCGCGACCUCAGACCGCGACCUCAGACCGCGACCUCAGACCGCGACCUCAGACCGCAACCUCAGACCGCGACCUCAGACCGCGACCUCAGACCGCGACCUCAGACCCCAACCUCAGACCGCGACCUCAGACCCCGACCUCAGACCGCGACCUCAGACCGCGACCUCAGACCGCGACCUCAGACCGCGACCUCAGACCGCGACCUCAGACCCCGACCUCAGACCCCGACCUCAGACCCCGACCUCAGACCCCGACCUCAGACCCCGACCUCAGACCGCAACCUCAGACCGCGACCUCAGACCGCGACCUCAGACCGCGACCUCAGACCGCGACCUCAGACCGCGACCUCAGACCGCGACCUCAGACAGCAACCUCAGACCGAGCGACCUCAAACCUCGACCUCAGACCGCAACCUCAGACCACAACCUCAGGCCGCGACCUCAGACCGCAACCUCAGACCGCGACCUCCGACCCCGACCUCAGACCGCGACCUCAGACCGCGACCUCAGACCGUGACCUCAGACCGCUACCUCAGGCCGCGACCUCAGGCCGCGACCUCAGACCGCGACCUCAGACCGCAACCUCAGACCCCAACCUCAGACCGCAACCUCAGACCCCGACCUCAGACCGCAACCUCAGACCGCAACCUCCGACCCCGACCUCAGACCGUGACCUCAGACCCCGACCUCAGACCCCGACCUCAGACCCCGACCUCAGACCGCGACCUCAGACCGCGACCUCAGACCCCGACCUCAGACCGCAACCUCAGACCGCGACCUCAGACCGCGACCUCAGACCGCGACCUCAGACCGCGACCUCAGACCGCAACCUCAGACCGCAACCUCAGACCGCAACCUCAGACCCCGACCUCCGACCCCAACCUCAGACCGCGACCUCAGACCCCAACCUCAGACCGCGACCUCAGACCGCGACCUCAGACCGCGACCUCAGACCGCGACCUCAGACCGCGACCUCAGACCGCGACCUCAGACCGCGACCUCAGACCGCGACCUCAGACCCCAACCUCAGACCCCGACCUCAGACCCCAACCUCAGACCGCGACCUCAGACCGUGACCUCAGACCGCGACCUCAGACCGCAACCUCAGACCGCGACCUCAGACCGCAACCUCAGACCGCGACCUCAGACCGCGACCUCAGACCGCGACCUCAGACCGCGACCUCAGACCGCAACCUCAGACCGCGACCUCAGACCCCGACCUCAGACCGCGACCUCAGACCGCAACCUCAGACCCCGACCUCAGACCGCGACCUCAGACCCCGACCUCAGACCCCGACCUCAGACCGCGACCUCAGACCCCGACCUCAGACCCCGACCUCAGACCCCGACCUCAGACCGCGACCUCAGACCGCGACCUCAGACCGCGACCUCAGACCGCAACCUCAGACCGCGACCUCAGACCGCAACCUCAGACCGCGACCUCAGACCGCGACCUCAGACCACGACCUCAGACCGCAACCUCAGACCCCGACCUCAGACCGCGACCUCAGACCGCGACCUCAGACCCCGACCUCAGACCCCGACCUCAGACCGCGACCUCAGACCCCGACCUCAGACCCCGACCUCAGACCGCGACCUCAGACCGCAACCUCAGACCGCGACCUCCGACCCCGACCUCAGACCGCGACCUCAGACCCCGACCUCAGACCGCAACCUCAGACCGCGACCUCAGACCCCGACCUCAGACCGCAACCUCAGACCGCGACCUCAGACCGCGACCUCAGACCCCGACCUGAGACCGCGACCUCAGUCCGCGACCUCAGACCGCGACCUCAGACCGCGACCUCAGACCGCGACCUCAGAGACCUCAGACCGCGACCUCAGACCCCGACCUCCGACCCCAACCUCAGACCGAUGUGUGCAUACAUCUCCUGGUGGCAGAUUUGGACUUGGCUCCGACCAGAGUGCGGGAUGGUUUUUGGGAGUCUGACCUGGACCCUGGACUUGAGGACUAGUCCCAUUCUGACUCUAGACCUGAGGACAAGUCCCAGUCUGACUCUAGACCUGAGGACCAGUCCCAGUCUGACUCUAGACCUGAGGACCAGUCCCAGUCUGACUCUAGACCUGAGGACCAGUCCCAGUCUGACUCUAGACCUGAGGACCUGUCCCAGUCUGACUCUAGACCUGAGGACCAGUCCCAGUCUGACUCUAGACCUGAGGACCAGUCCCAGUCUGACUCUAGACCUGAGGACCAGCCCCAGUCUGACUCUAGACCUGAGGACCAGCCCCAGUCUGACUCUAGACCUGAGGACCAGUCCCAGUCUGACUCUAGACCUGAGGACCAGUCCCAGUCUGACUCUAGACCUGAGGACCUGUCCCAGUCUGACUCUAGACCUGAGGACCUGUCCCAGUCUGACUCUAGACCUGAGGACCAGUCCCAGUCUGACUCUAGACCUGAGGACCUGUCCCAGUCUGACUCUAGACCUGAGGACCAGUCCCAGUCUGACUCUAGACCUGAGGACCAGUCCCAGUCUGACUCUAGACCUGAGGACCAGUCCCAGUCUGAGUCUAGACCUUAGGACCAGUCCCAGUCUGACUCUAGACCUGAGGACCAGUCCCAGUCUGACUCUAGACCUGAGGACCAGUCCCAGUCUGACUCUAGACCUGAGGACCAGUCCCAGUCUGACUCUAGACCUGAGGACCAGUCCCAGUGUGACUCUCCCUCAGUGUGAAGACCCGCUCCUGGUGGAGCUGUGGGUGGAGCUGUGGGUGGAGCUGUGGGUGGAGCUGUGGGUGGAGCUGUGGGCGGAGCUGUGGGUGGAGCUGUGGGUGGAGCUGUGGGUGGAGCUGUGGGUGGAGCUGUGGGUGGAGCUGUGGGUGGAGCUGUGGGUGGAGCUGUGGGUGGAGCUGUGGGUGGAGCUGUGGGUGGAGCUGUGGGUGGAGCUGUGGGUGGAGCUGUGGGUGGAGCUGUGGGUGACACACACCACUGACACUACAGACAGACACACCUCACAUCGCACCAUACGAACACACAACCAUCCACUGACACACACCACUGACACUACAGACAGUCACACCUCACAUCACACCAUACGAACACACAACCAUCCACUGACACACACCACUGACACUACAGACAGACACACCUCACAUCGCACCAUACGGACACACAACCAUCCACUGACACACACCACUGACACUACAGACAGACACACCUCACAUCGCACCAUACGAACACACAACCAUCCACUGACACACACCACUGGCACUACAGACAGACACACCUCACAUCGCACCAUACGGACACACAACCAUCCACUGACACACACCACUGACACUACAGACAGACACCACCUCACAUCGCACCAUACGAACACACAACCAUCCACUGACACACACCAUUGA